AGCAGUCGCGGUGGAUGCAAUCCAUUGGCUUCUCGGCGCUGCUGCUAAUGUCACAGCCCUGUAUGUAGCCCGCACUGCCUCCACCCGUGUAUUUCUGUCGCCGCGGCCCGCUCUCCCUCCCCCUUAAAUGGUGUGGGCAGGAGUGGUAUGGAAGACUGCAUUGGGAAGCUUCGGUGGAAAUGGUCUUUGCUGUUGGUAUUGCUCUAGCACCAUUCUGGUGACAACAACAUGCCGUUGAAAUGGAAAAGCGGUUCUCCUGUCAGCUGGAAAUUCCCAGUGCCGGUCCUUAAGACAUCCCGGUCCUCGCCGCUUUCACCUGCCUACAUAUCCCUCGUAGAGGACGACGACGCUCACAUGAAAGUUGCUCUGGGCUACGGUGAUAUGGGCAUCUGUGCUCACCUGCAGGCAUCAAAGACUGGAAACACGCGUUUUUUCACAAGCAACACACACAGCUCAGUGGUUCUUCAGGGAUUCGACCAGCUGAGGAUAGAAGGAUUGCUAUGCGAUGUCACAUUGGUGGCUGGGGAUGGCGAUGAAGCUUUCCCUGUACACCGAGCCAUGAUGGCGUCCUCCUCCGACUAUUUUAAAGCCAUGUUCACAGGUGGAAUGAAAGAACAGGAUUUAAUGUGCAUCAAGCUCCACGGAGUUAACCGAAUAGGCUUGAAGAAGAUCAUCGACUUCAUCUACACAGCCAAGUUGUCGCUCAACAUGGAGAAUCUACAAGACACACUCGAGGCAGCAAGCUUCUUGCAAAUCCUUCCUGUGUUGGAUUUCUGCAAGGUCUUUUUAAUAUCUGGGGUUUCCCUUGACAACUGUGUCGAGGUGGGCCGCAUUGCGAACACGUAUAACCUUACAGAGGUGGACAAAUAUGUCAACAAUUUCAUACUCAAAAACUUCCCCUCGCUUUUGGGCACUGGUGAAUUUGUCAAGCUGCCGUUUGAACGCUUAGCUUUUGUGCUCUCCAGCAACAGCUUGAAACAUUGCACUGAGUUGGACCUCUUCAAGGCCGCUUGUCGCUGGCUACGUUACGAAGACAGUCGCAUGGACUACGCCUCAAAGCUCAUGAAGAACAUUCGCUUCCCCCUCAUGAACCCGCAGGAACUCAUCAAUCACGUACAGACAGUUGACUUCAUGCGCACUGACAACACGUGCGUCAACCUUCUCCUGGAAGCGAGCAACUACCAAAUGAUGCCCUACAUGCAGCCAGUCAUGCAGUCAGAACGGACAGCCAUCCGCUCAGACAGCGCCCACCUGGUCACCUUGGGCGGUGUCCUGCGGCAACAGCUCGUCGUGAGCAAGGAACUGCGUCUGUUUGACGAGAAGGCUCACGAAUGGAAGGCGUUGGCACCUAUGGACGCGCCUCGCUACCAGCACGGCAUUGCGGUCAUUGGCAACUUCCUCUAUGUGGUGGGGGGCCAGAGCAACUAUGACACCAAAGGCAAGACGGCAGUGGACACGGUGUUUCGCUACGACCCUCGCUACAACAAGUGGAUGCAGGUGGCGUGCCUUAAUGAGAAGCGUACCUUCUUCCACCUCAGUGCACUCAAGGGACACCUCUAUGCUGUCGGUGGAAGGAACGCGGCUGGGGAGCUUGCUACUGUGGAGUGCUACAACCCAAGGACAAAUGAAUGGACAUAUGUUGCUAAAAUGAACGAGCCACACUAUGGCCACGCCGGGACAGUGUAUGGAGGCUACAUGUAUAUUUCAGGGGGCAUCACUCAUGACACCUUUCAGAAGGAGCUGAUGUGCUUUGACCCAGAUGCAGACAAAUGGACUCAGAAGGCACCCAUGACCACCGUGCGCGGCCUCCACUGCAUGUGCACAGUGGGGGACCGCCUCUACGUGAUCGGCGGGAACCACUUUCGAGGCACGAGCGACUACGAUGACGUGCUCAGCUGUGAGUACUAUUCCCCCGCCCUGGACUUGUGGACUCCUAUCUCCCCCAUGUUGCGAGGCCAGAGCGACGUGGGAGUGGCUGUGUUUGAGAAUAAGAUCUAUGUGGUGGGCGGAUACUCGUGGAACAAUCGCUGCAUGGUGGAAAUAGUUCAGAAGUACGACCCCGAGAAAGAUGAGUGGCACAAAGUGUUUGACUUACCCGAGUCGCUGGGUGGAAUUCGAGCCUGCACACUCACAGUGUUCCCCCCUGAAGAUAUCUCAGGCUCGCCGUCCAGAGAGUCGCCCCUUUCAGCACCUUGAUGAGUGAAGGGGGGAGCCCUAUUUUGGUCAAACCCCCUCAACCCCCUUACCUCCCCAACAAACACAUAUAGACAUUGUUUGCACUUCUUGGGACUAAGUGUGUACUGCUACCCUCAGUCCUGCAAAUGUGGUUCAACCGACAUACCGUACAGUCACGGCAACCGAUUUACACCUUAAUGUUGCACACUCUGUUUAUAUUUUGUCAGGAAAGUACCUUGGCCUGUAAAGGGGACUUUGCAAAUCAACUUUUCUACCUGAUGUCGCCGCUAGUCAUACGCCGUUGUGCGGAGCAGAGUGACUCCGGGGCAAACUCAGGGCUCGGCCCAGGCCCGUUCAAAAACAGCUCUCCUUCAAUUUCACUUCUAUCCUGCGAUUGCUACAAAACUGUUAACAAAGUGGUGUUUUCUAAAUUUAAUAAAGAUGGUUUUUAAAGUAUGUAGACUUUCAUGCUUGAGGACAUUCCCAGUCUUUUCUCUGAUUGAUUCCCAGUCACACUUGUCAGCUACGGACUGUUUACUGCUGGUGUAAACAAUCUGCUGCCCGGCGUUACCUGGAAACUGGUGCUUUCUCGCCAUGCUGGCAUCGUGACAGACGGUGGUGUCACCCACAUUCUGCCCACCUGCUCUUGGCCAAUUAAAUCCUUAGUAGCGGCAUAUGGUGUCCGAGAUGAGUGCUUCCCGCUGUUACUGGGAACAAAAGGUUUGUGUAAUAAUUAGGCGAGUUUGGUCCAUAGUGUUAUAUCCUCAUUAUGCUCUCAUUACAGCACAUUACUGUGGUGCCUCUGAUUCUCCAUUUAUUUGUGAUCACAUCAGAUGGGAGCAGCAUAUAAUUAUUUGCCAGCAUUAAUAUCAGGUACACCUGUACCAACUACUCUGGAAAAAUCGAGCUGACAAUCUAACAGACUGGUGGAGAGCAUGCAUGAGCGCUGUUAUUAAAAAUUAUAUGUAAUAUGGUUAGUUAAACAGUGCCAAACAGUGAAUGUAGUAUGGCUAGUUAAACGGUAAGCUACCAGAAAAGUAAUUUAUCUCAGUUGCCGUCCUCCUCCGAGGAACUAAAACCACUGAAGUUGUCUUGACAACACAGAAUUUGUCAUUCGCUCUCCCUUUUUCAAAAUCCAUUGGUGAUAGUGGAUGAUUGGCGGUCCGAGUCGCCCAAACAGAAGCUGUAGUAAUUCUUCACUUGAUCAAACUUAAGAUGUGUCAGAGAUUGAUGCUUGAGACUUCAAAACACACUAGUUUCCGCUUCACUCAUCCACAUCACUACUUCCUGAAGCUGCACGCUAAACAUGAUGGAAAAUGUUGUUAUUAGCUACUGUACAAGUCGCAGGGUUCAAAACAUGACAAAAGUAGACACUUAUUGAAUCAACCAAAUAUUGAUAGUCAGAAUUUAAAUUUGAGGUGCACUCAAAACUUAAAUCACCGCCAUGUCAUUAAGAACACAUACAAAUAUAAUGUACAACGUUAAGUUCAUGAAAAAUAGUGGCAAUUAAACCUUGUACUCACUGAAAUAUGUCACCAAUAACAAUUAUGUUGGUUGGACACAAAAUUAUUUUUAGCCAUCAAUAUAUAAUUAAUGUUUUAUUUAGGUGGAGCAAUUUGGCCCCAUACCUAUAGCCAGCUUCUUUUUCUUGCAAUUUGCUUGUAGACCAGUGUAAUGAUUUCCACAUCAAUUUGUUUUACAGGGUGCAAUUACAGUUCAUAUCAGAGCCACUCAAUAAACCCAUCAUGCCAACAGUAAAAUAUGGUGGUAGUAUGAUGGUCUGGGGCUGUUUUGCUGCUUCAGGACCUGGAAGACUUGCAGGGAUAAAAUUCCUGUCAGGGUCUUUCCAGUAAUGAAAUCAUCUAUAAUUAAACCAUCAAAGAAAAGGCUGCAUGUUAUUUGGGAUAUUUUUCAUCACAGUAUCGCAAUAAUAUAACAAUUACAAGCAUGGAAUUUCCGUUUCAUGUUUGACUAACAAUUUCCAAAAAUAUACAUCUUUACAGGUUCACAGAAUGUGUAAUAUAUGUCUGUAAACGCCUUCGUUUUUCAGACAGAAUUGUGAAACGACGCAGUGGGACAGCUCCUUUUAAAUAAGGUAAUCAAAAUAUAAGAAACACCUCAGUGGAAGCGACGCUCGCACCUCACAGCUUCAUACUGUUCACCGUGUGACAUCGCGCUCUCACUAAGGGUGGCAAAACACAAUCUUGUUUUUACUAUCUCACCAUCCAGACCCAGUGGAGCGUGAUCUGUCGUCUCUAUUCAUCUUUGAGGCAGUGCACUUUCAAAAUAAACCUCUUUUUAUGAAGUCUGAAUACUUCAUCCUCCAUGUAGUCAGACUGCAGGGCUGCUACUCUUGAAUGCUAAAGUUUGUGUAAGCCAGUGUCAAUAUUACAUGAUGGUGCUUGUGUUUUAAUGAACAAUGCAGCCCUUUGAGACAAAGCAAAGGGGAAAAAAAGAUGACACACGUCCUCCCUCAUAUUCUUCUCCUUUCAUCUUCUUCACUACCUGUGCUUCUUGGUGGAUUUCAUCACCACCGGUGGCAUUAUUUACCAUGUGAUAAGGUGUGUGUGUGUACAGUCUAGCACACAUCUGGGUCACCAUGUCUUCUCAAAUGGCAGGCAAAAAGUGACCUCCAGGCUCCUGCGCAGACAAUAGGUUUCAAAUAUGUAUUCAAAUAAUUUUUCAAAAGUUUAAAUUUGAAUCAAAUUUCUUAGAGUUCCGAAAGCACCCAUCCUCACCCCGACCCCAUUCAUGAUGAAACACUCCGCAGAGAUGCAGAACCUCACUGUCUUCUGACUGCAUGCACAAUGGUGUUAAUGGCUAUUGAUCCCAGCAGCUGGCAGACGGCCCGAGUAUCUAAAAUAACUCCUCGUUGCAUAAUCAUAUUCAUCUCAUUUCUGCAAUGAAUCAAACGCAAAAGGUGCUUCAGAAAAAGGCCUGCAUCUCUUUAUGAAACCUCGCUAAUGAAUAUUCAUAGGUCAAGUUUUUGGUGCUCCGUGUCCCAUGUGAGUGUGUCGUGUAUAUUCUGUCCCUGAUUCCCCUCUUCUUCCAUCACCAGACGCGUAUGGGAGAUUAUGGCAGUGGUGGGAGGGGUAAUUAGGGGCUUUGUUUUUCUUCAACAUCUGGCCAUGUCGCAGACCUAGAUUUUAUUGUACGCAUGGCUUGUUUACCCAAAUUGCAAAGUCUGUGUUCUACCUCCAAAGUGUAGCAUCUCUUUCCACAGAUAAUUCCUUUUAUGCAUUCUUGCCUAUGAAAAAAAAUACAUCAAAAUACUGUAGCUUGUUUUUAGGAUGUGUUAUUGCUUUCUGAGAUAGCUGUCAAUCAAGUCAGGCGUAUUUACAUUUUACAAUCAAAGGAUAUGGGGGCCACUUUGAUAUUUAUAAUAUGUAUAUACUUUGACAUUUAUAAUGUAUAUUUACAUAUUAAAAAGUCCAUAUAUAUGAAGUAUUUAUUAAUGACAAUCAGGACAAAUACGAGGGGGUAUGCUGGAGCCUAUCCCCACCUGGACUGGUUGCCAGCCAAUCGUAGGGCACAUAUAGACAUUUCUGGCAAAAGCUAAACAUCUUGGCGACAUCUAAAGAACUCCAGGAACAAAUAAGAAAGAAAGUAAUUGAGAUCUAUCAGUGUGGAAAAGGUGAUGAAGCAAUUUCUAACGCUUUGGGACUCCAGCAAACCACAGUGAGAGCCAUUAUCCAGAAAUGGUGAAAAAUGGAACAGUAAUUAACUUUGCCAGGAGUGGCCGGCCAACCAAAAGGACCUCCAAGAGCGCAGCUAUGACGCAUCCAAAAGAUCACAAAAGACCCCACAACAACAUCCAAAAAACUGCAGGCUUCACUUACCUCAGUUAAGGUCAGUAUUCAUGGCUCUACCAUAAGAAACACACUGUGCAAAAACUGCCUAAAAUACUCUGUAGUCUGAUGUGUUUGGAAGAUGUGUAUAUCAUUAAGUAAGAGAACAUCAUACUGACAGUAAAAAGUGGUGGUGGUAGUGUGAUGGUCUGGGGGCUGUUUUGCUGUUUCAGGACAUGUAAGACUUGCAACCAUGAAUUCAGUUGCAUGUCUACCAAAAAAUCCUGAACGAGAAUGACGGGACAUCCUUUUUUGUAAACUUCCCUUGCCUUCCAUCCUCAAAUGUUCUCAAUUUGAUUUAAAUUGGUUCUUAGUUGGAUUUAGAUCAGGGGAACAGAUGGUCCAAAAGCCUGAAGUUCUUCUCCAUGAAGUCCUUUGUCAGGCGGGCAUUGUGAACUGUAGUGUUGUCCUGUUGCCUGUGCAACAUCUCCACAUAGCUUACCUGCCGCUUGACGCCCCUGCACAACCUGAAGCUCCAUUGUUCUAUUGAAGUAAAACUCCCAGAUCAUGACGACGUCCCCUCUACUGUGUCGUGUGGAAAACAUCUCAGGUGGGAUCUCUCGUCGGAAGCUCUUUUUGUUCUCAUCAGAUGUCUAGGUAUGUGUAUUGCUUUGGUGCUGUUCAUUAAGGUGAAUGUAAAACGCUACCCUGUUCAGAGAUCCUUAUCAAGGUUCACAAUUCACAAGGCCUCCAAAUACGGUAGAUUGCAAACAUUGUUUCAAAUUUCAUUGUUUACGAGUACGAGUCUUAAUAAAUGCCUUACCGCUAAUA